GGGCGGCGGAGCUCCGGGAGGCCACCAAACGGCGCGAUACAAAUGGCCUCAAAGAGCAGCAGAAACGCGAGGAAAGGGAGCACAAGCGAGAAGGAGAGCACCGGGAGCUAUUGAAACGCAUACAGGAGGAGCGCGAACUGGAGGCCAAGGAGUUGGAGGCGAAGUAGCGCCGGGAGUAUGAGUUGCAACGAAAACACGACACGCAAAGGGAGCGACAGAGGGAACGGGAGAUGAGGGCUGCGCGCAACCGACGCCACAACAGAAGUCUGCGGCAGAAAGCGAUGGCCAACGCGUACAUCAAGAAGUGUGAGCCCACGGCCACUGUCACCACAGCUACCAGUGCUAGCAAUCUUCAGAAUGUGUUGAUCAAUGAGUCGACCACCCACAAACCGGACCCGAACUCUACGUACACUAAAUCGGCAGCCAAUGAGACGUUGUCAAUAGACAGGGAGGUGACCCCCCCUUACGACAUGACUCCGCCCCUCUAAGAGAACGACGACAUACGACAUCUCACAGAUAGCCAGCGAUGAC